AUGAGGAAGCCUUCUAAACCUGAUAUCUUGUUCUUCGUAGAAACAAAAAACGGCUUUAGCUAUGUGAAUACCUUAGCUGCAGAUCUUGGUUAUCCUCAUAGCUAUAUUAUCCCUUCAGAUGGCCUAAGUGGAGGAAUGGCUAUUUUUUGGAAUGACAAUAUAGAUAUUGAGUUUUUGGAUCCUCCUACACUAAACUACACGGAUAUGUAUGUAUCUACUUCGGGUCAUCCUACUUUUUGCCUCACCUAUGUCUAUAGUGAUCCUGAUCAGCGGCAUAGAAAUGCUAUGUGGGAGAGAAUGAAGGUAUGGGCUGAGACAGGUAUGUAUCGCAACAAGCCUCGAUUAGUUCUUGGAGAUUUCAACGACAUUAAAAGCAAUGGAGAAAAGCUGGGAGGUCCUUUAAGGUCUGAAGCCUCUUUCAAAACUUUUAGAAAAAUGCUCAACUCCUCUGGUCUCCAUGAUUUAAAAACAUUGGGAGCAAGAUUUACAUGGUAUGGACAGAGACACACACAUACAAUCCAAUCACGAAUUGAUAGAGCUGUCGCCUCAGUGGAAUGGUUUGAUGCUUUCCCUAGAGCUUAUGUAAAAUUAUUGGAUUGGAUUGGCUCUGAUCAUAGACCACUGUUAGUUGAUAUGGGAGAUAAAAAGAAGCAAGGAUGUGCAUUAUUCAGAUAUGAUAAUAGAUGGAGGUUCAGUAAGGAGUUAAAAGAGGAGUUGGAAAAAACCUGGCUAGCUAAUUGUCAAGAUCUUCCAGGUGACCAAUUUCAUGAAGCAUUAAGGCGAUGCAGAGUUUGUAUGUCUCAUUGGAAGUCUCACAAUAUUCACAACUCUACAAAACGAAUUCAGGCCCUAAAGCAAAGAAUCCACCAAGUGUAUAAUUCUUCUCCCAUCGACUUUAACCUUAUUAAAGCUUUGAAAUCGGAGUUAACAUUUGAAUACAGGAUGGAGGAGGAAUACUGGAGAACAAAGAGCCGAAUCCAAUGCCUCAUUGCUGGAGAUAGAAACACAAGAUUUUUCCAUGAGAAAACAAAGCAGAGAAGAGGCUAUAAUAGAAUCACAUCAAUUAUAGAUUCCCAAGGAAAGGUAUGGAGCUCAGAGGAAGAUCUUCACAGAGUCAUAAUUGAUUAUUUUGAUUCUCUGUUCUUCUCUGACUGCCAAGAAGACAUGGAUAUGAUCUUGCAGCACAUUCAGCCUAGUGUAACACAGGAAAUGAAUGAGGAUCUUGUUCGUCCUAUUUCAGAGGAAGAACUUUACAGAGCUGUUCAUCAAAUGGCUAGAGAAAAGGCGCCAGGUCCUGAUGGUUUAAACCCAGGAUUUUAUCAAGAUCAUUGGCCUACCAUACGCUUAGCUGUGAUGAAGCGUAUGGGAUUUUCAGAGAUCUGGUGCAAAUGGAUUAUGAAGUGCAUAACUACAGUUACCUAUUCAGUCCUAGUGAAUGGUCAGCCAGUUGGAAAUAUUAUCCCACACAGGGGUAUUCACCAAAGUGAUCCCAUUUCACCUUAUUUGUAUUUGUUACGCACUGAAGGUCUCUCUGCAUUAAUUCAUAAAAGCAUCAAAUCAGGCACUCUUCAUGGUUUCAAAGCAAGUCGAACAGGUCCAGCAAUCUCACAUCUACUUUUUGCAGAUGACUCUCUGUUAUUCUGCAAAGCUACGGUGGAGGAAUGUUCAUCUUUACUCAAUAUUCUACACCAGUAUGAGAAAGUUUCAGGCAAGGAAGUUCUUCUCAAAUCAAUCAUUACAGCUAUCCCAGCCUAUAGUAUGUCGUGUUUCUUGCUGCCUAUGAGAAUCAUUAAGCAGAUUGAAAGGGCUAUGAGAGGCUUUUGGUGGUCUAGUUCUAAAGAUAAGCAUAAGAUUCCUUGGGUAGCAUGGAGGAAAAUAACCAACCCAAAGAAUGUUGGAGGACUGGCAAUAAGGGAUCUAAAAGAUUUCAAUGUUGCUUUACUUGCCAAACAGAGUUGGAGAUUGCUUCAACAACCCUUCUCACUCAUGGCAAGAGUCUUUAAAGCCAAAUAUUAUCCCAAGCAAAAUUUAUUUGAAGCAAAAGUAAAAAGCCAGUCUAGCUACGCCUGGAAAAGUAUUAGCCAAGGUACACAACUUCUUUCUUAUGGCCUUAAGUAUUUAGUAGGUAAUGGUACAACAAUUAAUGUUUGGAGGGAUCCAUGGCUGCCAUUAAACCCACAUAGACCAGCUCGAGGUCCUGGACAGUAUAUGUAUCCUCAUAUGAAAGUCGCUGAUUUGUUGCAACAUGGUGCAAAUGAUAUAAUAAAUUGGAUUUACACCAAAGAUGGUCUAUGCAGUCAAGUCAGGGUACCAGCUCCGUCAUAACUUGCGAAAGAAGAGAGUGAAUGCUGAUGAUACAUGUCAGAGAUGUGGAGAAGAUAUAGAGACUGUCAAUCAUCUCCUUUUCCACUAUAGAGUCAGCAGAGAGAUUUGGGAACACGCCCUUAACCAAUCUGCUCCAGAUGGAUCUUGGACUUCACCUACAGAAAAGGCAGGAAUAGGCUGGGUACUCUACAAUAAGAAUGCCCAAUUUAUUCUCAAUGGAAGGUCUGCAAUUAAUCCUAUGGCUACAUCGUUGGAAACUGAAGCUGAGGCGCUGAGAAUGGCCAUGAUACAUAUACAUAGACUGGGAUAUUAAAAUGUUAUGUUCUGUGGUGAUGCGCUCAAUUUAUUUGCUCGACUACAACAACCAAUGCUUCACCAUUCUUAUCAAGGACGAGAACAUUCAUCUUUGUCAACUCACGUGGUGGAUAUUAUGGCUCUUGCUGCAAAAUAUGAUCGUGUACGGUUUAUCAAAAUUCCUCGUGAACUUAAUUCUGUUGCUAAUCAAUUAGCUAAGGAUGCAAAAAUUAGGAAAUUAAACUUUGUAAUAUCAUGGUGUGAUGUAACUUAAGUUUUCAAUAUAAUGACAAGCUAAG